CGAGGAGGUUCGAGAAGGUUAACGCUGAAAUAAUGAGGAGGUGUGAGGGACUCCAAGAGAGUCCACAUCCAUCAGGACUGAGUCAGGAACCUGGUCGGUCUGACAGGUGGAGGAGCAGACAGAGAUGGAGAUCUGAGAUCUGAGGAGGCCAACAGGAACAGACAGUGAAACAUGGCGGCAGAAGGACCUCAGAUCCCAUCUCGGCGCAGAGUGCUGCCUCUCCUCCUCCAAGUUCAGCCGCCCUCAGGCGUGGCCCGGUCUGCUUCUCCUGCUCCCUCUCUCCCUCUCUCCCUCUCUCUCUCUCUCUCCACCAUAUGGACGGAGCUCUGCAGUAUAUCUCGUCAAACACAGCCUCCAUCUUCCUCUCUCUUCCUCUCUCGUGUUUUAAGUCUUUCUCUCUCUCUGGCUUUGGGGGAACAGUCACAACUUGGCGAUGAGGGGUAAUCCGUCUUAAUGUGGUCCCAGACCCUCAGACGGAUCCGCGUCCGUGCAGAUCACAUAAGGACGAAUGUUCCUGCUCUGUUAAAAAGAAAUGUCCCUGACCCCCCCGUCUUUUCUCCAGUCUGCCCGUCUCUGAGGAGCGUUUCAUCCUGACCAGUCUGGGAUUUUAUCACGCUUGCUUUGGUCAUUACAUCACAAUUAUGGAGCUGUUGGUGGAGGAGGAAUCAGAGAACGGGGGAAAAAAGGAAGAGUGGAAAAAAGCGACAGAUGAAAUGUAGGUCAGUGGAGAUGUGCUCGGGGCAGUUUCUCUCUCUCUCUGUUCCUCUCUGUGUCUCUCUCUCCCUGGGCCACAGCUAAAGAGGCUAAAAGAGACCGGGGGUGAAAGUGCCUCUCCUCCACACCUGCCCCUCUCCUCUUCCUCGCACGGCGAAGCUUCCUCCUCUGAAAACCGCUCCGAUGACAGACGCCGAACGCUGAGCGGGACGCUGAGCGUGUCUGACAGCAGAGACACCGUCCUUUGUGCAAACUCACGGUCUGAUCCGUUUGUAGGUUUUGGUCAAAUGUCCCUCAGAGGAGCAGCAGAGGUCAGACGGAGAGGGUCCUGACUUUAAGGUGAAGGUGGAGUUUUAUUUCAGGGUCCGAUGAGAUUUAAACCAGGAUAAAAACAGAGGCAAAGAUCGACGUUUAAUUUUCUGAGCUUUAAAGAAACGUAAAAAUAUUCUCUGAUAUUUAGUUGGAGACGUCUCGUCGUUUACUCAUCUGAAGGUGAAGUAAUUCUCUGAAACUGAACUAUCGGAGAGGCUGCUGUGUGCAAACUUUGGUUAGAGCUGCGUUAAAACAUCCCGCUCAGCAUCGAUUACACAACAGAGCAGGACUAAAGGUCACACACACUGAUCUUACCGCCUGUUUUAACGGCUGACGUGUUUUAACUCUUUAGAUUCUGCUUUAAAUAAUAAACAACAUCGACCUCUGAUCUGAAACAAACACCUCAGUAAAAUACGUUAAAGUCGUUCCUCCUGCACAAAUAUAUUGUCCACAGUCCGUCCUCUCAUCCUGGGGAAAGUGGGACUGACUCCCCACAGGAGGGGGUCCAUGUGGGUCCAUGUGGGAUAAAAAUAUUCUUUGUUUUUAUUCUUUUUAAAAUGGAAUAAAAUAAACUAACAAACUCGGGUUUUGAUGAUAAAUGUUGCAGAUGUGAAAUAUCACAUUUUGUAGCGACACUAAGUUGUGGUUUUAUCUGCUGCUCUUCUGUCGGUGGAUUCUUUAGUUCUGAGGGUUUAACUGUGUGAGGCCGACCCCCCUUUAGGCCGUGAUAUCAGGGUCCAAAGUGACAUUUUUACAGGGACCAGAAUUACGAUCAACACCCCUGAUAACAUCUCUGAGAAUAUGAAGGUCCUGCAUCGAGACAAACACACAUGUAAACACAAACACACACACACACACAAACACACACUCAUCCUGGUUUCUACACAACACCAGUCCAGGUUUAAGGAGGACUACAGAGAUCUGUUUGAAGGUUGAUCAGCUUUAGUGGUCUGCAUGGAUCGAUAAACCCGCUGCACACACACACACACAUAAAAAAGCUCCAAAGUUCACACACUAACACACGUAGAAAACUAAAUUUAAAGGAGUUGAUUUUUCAGGCGACAGUUUAAAGUCACGAUAUUUAAGAAAAACCAUCAAACCAGCCUGUAAAACCAGCCUGAAACAGGCGUCCACCCUCAUGUGAAUCCCCUGCAGCCUCCCCUCACUGGGUCAGUCUUUGUACGGUCCUGUGGUCCGACACAAACCUCCUCCUCCUCCUCCUCCUUUUUCCAGGUCAGUAUUUCAGUGUUUCUCAGAGGAAGGAGCGGACCCCACCCUGAAAAGCAUCCUGUGGACACCUGAGAGCGUCACCUGAGCUGCUCCCCUCUCUGUGACAUAAGAUCUAUUAACGCUCACAUACAUGUACGACCCCGACAGGACAAAUGUGCAGAUUUUAACACUCUACAGACGCGCCCGAGGAGAAUAAUCAGAGCGUGAGUAUUUACAGUGACAACGUCAGCGUGAGAUCAUCUAAAUUCACCGCUGAGGGAAACAGGAAAUCUCUUUAUUUCUAUUUACAGAUGAACGAAAAUACCAGGAGGAUUCUGGACUGAUGUAAAAAUCAGUCGACAGGCGAAAAUGAUCCAAAAAACAAUAAAAGUCAUGGACUCAUUUAAAGACGAGGAGUUCUUCCUUCUCUUGAACCUUUUUUCUGUUUUAAAUGUAGAAUAAAUUUCAGACCUCUCUAAUAAAUAAUCUCUCUCCUCCGGGCAGAGUGGAUAUUUUCUGCUGGAUGUGAGGCCGGAUUAUAGACGGACUAUUUUUGCAGGGAAACAACAUCAAAUGCAUAAAGAUGAGGAAAUGGAGAAGGUGACAUUAAAACUUUGCACUGGCUGUUAGCGGCAGAGUGCGCUCAGGCUCUGUGUGCACACUGUCUAAGUGUGUGUGUGUGUGUGUGUGCGUGCGUGUAGGCUCAGGGCUGGAGGAGGCUGAGCAAGAGAGGGAGAGAGAGAGAGAGAGAGAGAGUGGGAGGAGCAGAAAGUGCUCCAGUCCAAUCCGGGCCGCCGGGUAAAGCCUCUCCUAUCCGCUCUCUCCUCCCUCAGCCCGCAGAAAACAGUGAAACCCUCCCACAGAGGUGAGAGCGCAGAUGUCAUGAGAAACGCGACCACAUCACGACCAGAGCGCACAGACCGACCGACGCACCGUCCGACCUCAGCCCGCCUCAGCGCGCCCCGCUCUGGGAUGCUUUUAGCGCACAGACCGCUCCGCUCCGGGCAGCCCGUGGAUCCUCUGCUCUCUUUUCGUUCUUGUUGUUAUUUUUAACCGAGGAUCCCCCCCCCACCCACCACCCUCCCCUGAACCCCCCCACCCCCGUUAUUAGUGUUUGUUUCUUCAUGACUGCUGCUUUGGGAGGAGAGCCUCAGCACCAGCUCCAGCGACGCCAACACCAUGCGAGGUAAGACCAUCCCACUGCUCCAGACUGCGCCGCACUUUCCCCGAGCCUCAUCCCGCUCAACACACACACACACACACUCACACACAUUCACACACACACUCUUACACACACGCGCGCGGCAUGCUUCAGUCCACAUUUGGCCUUUAAAGUUUAUUUUGGGAGUUUUGAGCUGCGGAGCUUUAAGAGCCGAGCAAAGGGCGAGCGGCUGAAUUUCUGCGUAAAAGUUUAUCCGGAUCUUUCCUCUCUGUGUGUGUGUGUGAAAGAGUGUGUGAGUGUGUGUUUGAAUUUAAGUGUGUGUUCGUGAGUUCAGAACAGGCCCCACAGUUUUGUAAAUCCACGCGUAAAAGCCGCUGGAGUCUGUGAUUGCAAAUGAAAAGUUGCGCGUGAUGUUUGACUAAAGCUGUUCUCCGGAUCAGAUCAGAGCAGGUGACAGAAACCAUCAAAUAUCUCACAGAUCAGGAGCAGAACUUUGUUGGAGACUUUCAGGCGCUCCACUAACCCAUUUCUGCUCCUCUCCGGGAUGGUGAAAUUCAACGUCAAUGCGCGCACACGCACACGCACACGCACACACACACACACACACACACACACACACACACACACACACACACACGGAGAAGUAAAAGCAGCUCUUUCCACUCUCAUUAUAUCAACCUUCCCAGCGCCUCCUUUUAAAUUCUCUUUCUUAUUAAGUUGAUUUGUUUUCUCCUCUGAAGUCUGAAUAUCUGACCUGAUUAUGAUCCACUCACUCUUUCAGGAUUUCUAUUUAUUUACUCUCCUCCAUGUUGUGCAAUUAUCGCUGAGGCAGAGUUGCAGCACUCGUUCAACUGGAUGAUCUCCUCCUCCAAUUAAAAGUCAAUCUGUUUGAGAGAGGCGGGUCCUCUCUGCAGCUCUAAACUCUCUAAACUCACUCUGAGGAGUUUUUUAUGUCAUUUUACUGAAACAGGGAGGAUUCUGGGAAACUCUCAAAAGUUCAGAGUUCAGUCCUAAAAACAGUCAUUCAGAUUUUAGAUGUUUAAUAUCAGAGUGAAAGUUUUCAGGAAACUAAUUUAAUUUUUACUCACAGUUUUAAAAACAAAUAAAGAGAAAAUUUUAUCCAACAGACUGAGUUUUAAUGGAAGAAAAUUACUACAUUAGAUCUUAAUUAAAAAUUAAAUAUUUUAAAAUGUAGAUAAAAAUGUAAACAUGAAAAACAUCCGUCUGUCUGUCUGUCGUUCAUGUUGGAUGUGAAUCUUUCUGCAGCUUCAGCUUCAGGCCAUCAAACCUCGGGCAAAAAAAACAUGAGAAGGCCAAACACCCCCCUCUCCAUCUCUCUCUCCCUCUCUCUCCCUCUCUCUCUCUCUCUCUCUCUCAUCCACCUUGUAUUUUAUCCACCUUUUAAUGGACCCUGCGUCUGCUCUCGUGCUCAGGAUGUUUUGGGGGUUUUACAGAAAAGCUUCUGCUUUCACUUUACAGCCGCGGUCGGCAGAGGAGGCCCCUGAAGCGUCUCUCUCUCUCUCUCUCUCUCUCUCCCUCUCUCUCUCGCCCCUCGUUCUCUACGUUUCUCUCUCUCUCUCUCUCUCUCUCUCCAUCUUCCUCUCUCCCUCUGCACGCCCCAAAGGGUUUUGUCAGAUAGAAUUAAAUCAGUGUGGGCCGAGCGGCCCCCACUCCCAACCUGUGUGUGUGUUACUGUGUUACUGUGUGUGUGUGUGUGUGUGUGUGUGUGUGUGUGUGUGUGUGUGUAGUCUCGCUGCCCUUACACAGAAAUGCGCUCACAACCACAAGGUUAUAAAAAAUGGAGGCCCCUCAUGAGCCGUGGUAAUUAUCAUUUAACAAUAGCCACAACUCCUGCAGCCCUGACUGACUGGAGAUGAUGUCACCCGUGGCGUGGACGCAGAAAUAACAGACGCCAUCGUACGAGCGAGCCGGCCUUUUCUCCUCCUUCCUCCCAGAUGAGGAGGAUGAUGGUCACAGGGUCGUGUUUACCUCUCUGUUUUCACUUGUUGAUGCUUUAGAAAGAGUCGUUUUUAUUCGGUUAGAGAGCCGAGAGUUUCGACAAUUUUGGAUUUUUGAGGGAAAAAGUUUGUCUGAAUAAAUUCACACUAACUGAACUCACAUUAAGACAUUUUCUGCUUUAAAUUAAAUUAAAAUAAAUUAAAUUUUCUCGAUUUAAAAUGAGUCAUUAGUUCUGAAAUCACAGCAUGGACUAAACGCUGAAUUCAGUCGUAUAUGAAGUGAGUGCUAAAGCGUAUAAGCUCGCUGUAAGCCGAAGAGCUUUUCUGCUGCUGCUGCUGCUGCUGCUGCUGCUGCGGAUGAACCCGGGUCAGACAGGUCAGGGAGUUCAGAGGUGGAGGGAACAACGGGGGAUGACGGGUUCGCCGCGCCAUUUGAUCUCCUCUGUUAGUGAUACGUGUCAAUCACAAAGUCCCGCUCCUUCCUUCACCUCCAGAAGAGAUAGAGUGACAGAAACUGGGAGAACGGGAGAGAGAGAGGGACAAAACCAGUAAGACAAAGACAGGCGGAGGAGUGACUCUUCAGCCUCGGCGUGUGUGUGUGAACAGGAAGCUCCAGAAAUCAGCAAACAUGCACACGUAUCCCAAACAGCAGCAGCUGCAGCAGCAGCACGCAUGACGGCCUCAUGCCAAUAGAAUUAGUCCAUCCGGGUUUACUCUGGAGGCUUGUGUGAUUAUCGAUCAUCGGUGCGAUUUAAAGCAUCCCGAUCAAUUCUCAGUCAAAGCCAACGGAAGCAGACUGUUUAGAUAAAUCUAUGGACGGCUUCAUUUCACCGAACGCGGGAGAAAAACCUUCAUCUGAGUCCGAGGAAGUUUGAAAACAAACGUCCACGACAGGCAGGAGGUUAAUUAUGUCGUUAGGAAGUUACUGAUGACUCUUUAUUUUCAUGGAUCAAAACUAUGAGAUAAUAAAAAGAAAGGUGGAGGUACAGGCUCUAAUGUUCAUUCAUAAACUCGUCACCAAUCAGCUGAUGAUGGAGAAUAAACAGAUGACAGAAUAUUAAACAGAUUUAAUAUAAAAUCUUCAUGUUUGUAUUGAACUAUCAUUAUUUACUGUUUUUUAUUUAUGUGGUUUUUAACGAUGAUUAACAGUUGAUAACAGAGUGAUUUUAGUUAAUUUUACAUCAUUAUACCAGGAUCAAACUGAGAUUUUAACCCUUAAUUAGACGUUUGCAGUAAUUAAAGAUCUUAAUUAUCGAUCAGGAGGAGCUUCAGUUUGUCUCUUGUUGUGAUUUUUUUGUGGGUCAAACGUUGUGUAAGAGUGAAAACCGCCAGAAGCUAAAAAAAUAAAAUAGAAAAGCGUCAAACUUCCUGCUGAUUAACGAGGCCGUCUUUUCUGAGGCGGCGGCUCCGACCCGUUCUCGAACAGCGGGUCAGCACACGGGUUCUUACUGCUCCCUUUGUUAACGUGAAAUCACUCAUUCAACACCUGAGAGGACACCUGGCUGACUGAAGCUCCGGUCUGUUGUGUUUUCUGUCCCGGUGUGUCGCUGAUUAUUGUGUUGUUUAUUGUGUAGUUGAUUGUGUUGUUGAUUGUGUUGUUUAUUGUGUGUGUGUUUGUGCUGACUAAUGGCCCGGUGUUAUGUAAGAAGAGAGGAGAGAGAGAUUACCCCGAGCCCAUGCAGGCCACUCUGUUAAUCCCUCAACACAGGCCUACUGACUGACUGAGGCUCUGCCACACACACACACACACACACACACACACACACACUCUAACUGUCUGUGCACCUGUCCUCAGACACCCUGAACCUCCUCCUCACCAAACUUGUCUGCAAAACUGUCUACAAAAAAAAACAUCCCACCAUGCUGUGUGCGUGCAUGUGUGGGCAUGCAUGUGUGUGUGUGUAUGCGUGCAUGCAUAUGUGGUGUGUGUGUGUGUGUGUGGCCCUCAUGGUCCCACUGAGCCGCUAUCAUAGCCGUGUUUGUUUAGCAUGCGCCCAGCGUGCUCUCCAUGUUGGUUUUAUCCCUCGGCGGCUGUCUGGGGGAGUCUAGGCAAACAGUUUCCCUCCUCUCUCUCUCUCUCUCUCAGUUCUCUCCGUUUCUCUCUCUCUCUCUCCUUUUUUAAAUCUUUAUACUCACAAAGCGUGGGCUAUACCGCACGCUUUGGUUUGUGUCUCCACUUUAUCUUAGCCAGGAGGGAUUUGAGCCUGAACCACUCCUAAACUCUAAAUCUGCCUUCAAGUCAUUCAGUCCUCUGACAGCUCCUUCUGUUUUGUCGGUUUUACUCAUCCAUGAAGGCGGCACGUCUCCAUGGACUCACAAUGACAUCCAAUAUUCACAUUUCCUUCGAUUUGCAUUGAAGUAGGAACCAGGGGAAGAGGGUGAGCGCGCUCGUUACAGAGACGAACGCUCAGAGAGAGCGAAGAUACGAUUGGAGGCUUUCAUGAAGAAUCUGCUGGUAAUGAGACGGUUAGAGGAGGAACGGAGUUUGUGUGUCUGCUAAUCAGUUUGGUUUAGAGGAGAGACACACAGAGGGAUGUUUGAGGGUCCAAAGUCAGAGAGGAGGUUCACCUGAACUCCUAAACUCGGCCUCAAAGUCUCAUUAUUAUCUUUCAAACUCAGCGAAUCGCAGCUUUGCUUUCUCUUCUCCUGAAACGUCGCCGCCGCCGUCUGAACUUUGGAGAAACACGUCGAGUCGUUUUCAGCUUUAAAGUGAAUCUACGAGAAACUGGAGUGAGAGAGGAGCGAGUGAGGGAACGCAGGAGAGAGAGAGAGAGAGAGGAGAGAAGGGAGGCUGUGAGUGAGAGAGAUAAGAAAAGAGAGAGAGAGAGAGAGAGAGAGAGAGAGAGAGAGAGAGAGAGAGAGAGAGAGAGAGAGGCUCAAGAGUUAUAUAAGUGUGCAUAUAUGUGUGUGUGUGUGUGUGUGUGUGUGUGUGUGUGUGUGUGUGUGUGUGUGUGUGUGUGUGGUUUACUUAGGAGUGUGUGUGCAUAAGAGUGAAGGCUGGGUGCAGCAGGAUGAGUUUACUUACAUGCAUGUUCACACACACACACACACACACACACACACACACACACACACACACACACACACACACUCCUCUGUCCUGAUGUUACACACACUCUCUGCAGCUGCUCUAGAAGCAGAAGCUGCAGGAGGAGCGAACAAAGUCCAGACCUGAACACUGAGAGCAGAUUAGUCCCUAUAAUGUGGACUAAUCUAUAAAGACCACAUCAGCACACAUGCAGACUUCAGGACCUCCAGUCUGGACCAGAGCUGGACCGACUCGGUCUAACGUCAGUAAACUUCCUCCUCCUGGUUCUGUCUCAGUUCUCCACCUGUAAUCUGAGCGUAUAGAUGCUGAUGAAUGUUUCCACUCUGUGUUCAGGUGUUCAGAGCGAGCACGUCCAACAAUAAGCCUUUAAUAUGACUUAGCCCAGUGCCGCAUCUUUUCUUAAUGACAAAGAUUAGCCUCUUUUAGUUCCUCUAAUCCCAUUGAAGAGUCUCUGAUUAGGUCCAUCUUUUCUUUCCCUCUUCCUCUCUCUCUCUCUGUGUCCAAAUCCUCUCUUACCUCUCUUAACCUGUAUGUACAGAAAGUGUGUGUGUGUGUCAGUGUGUGUGAAAGUGUUCACAUGUCCUGAUCCGCGGCUGCUGGUGCGAGCUCUCCUGUCGUUCAUGAAGCAAUUAUGAAACUAAGACUGAGGCUGCUGCUUCUCCACGCCGAGUUUGACGCAAUUCUGUUAAAUCACGCUGCGAGAGAGAGAGAGAGGGAGAGAAAGAGAGAGAAAACAGGUGAAGAGCAGAGCCCUGUGAUCGUCUUUGUGAUCAAUCUGCCUCUGUGAGAGAGAGAGAGAGAGAGAGAGAGAGAGAGAGAGAGACGCCCCUGGGGCCACUUUGGGGAGAACCUUGUUAGGCUGAGUUAAAUUGUUGCCCGAAAUUGUUGCCCGAGGCGAGCUAUUACACACACACACACACACACACACACACACACACACACACACACACACACACACACACACACACACACUCUGACACAGUGAAUUGCAGAAACAUUCGAACCUUUUUCAAACACAUGAACUCUUUGAUGAAACGGUCUUUAUCCUAAUGAGUCAAAUGUCACAGCAGCAGCAGAACAGAGUGAAGAGUUUACAGAGUCACAUGUGAUAUAAACCAUAAAUAAGAGACUCUUAUUUUAAUAGAUGACCAGCUGUGUCUAAAACAAUUUCAUCCAAAAAGGUCUGAAAUGAUAAAUGAGAAAAUGAGGAUUUAAUUACUGAGAUGAUGACGUUUUAAAGAGGAGCUCCCUGCUGAAACAAAGCUGAACGUUUCCUGUCGCUGAAGUUUGCGUUUAGUUUCUGUGGAUUUUACUCUUCUGUCUGUUUGUUAUUGACCAGAGAGCUUCGCGUCGGUCUUUCAAAUGUGAGAAAUAAACAGAGUAAAAUAAAGCUAAUCUGCUCUAAUCUGCCCACUCAAAACUGAUAUCCUCUCUAAAUAAAAACGUUUUUUUUCUCAUCCUAAAGAACAGCUGAUCGAGUCUAAAACAGUCAUAAUAACACCGUUUUAAAUCACCUCUCUUAUCUAAAGUAUAACCUGAUACUUCUGUCUUUUUCACUGAUUUAAUAAAAAUCCAUUUAAACUAUGUCACUAACCUGGAUAAUCAUGUAUAUUAUAUUUCCUGUGCUUAAAAUAAUGUAUUUAUACUCGACAUGAGUAUUUUCUCUUCUUCAUAUUUUCUGAUGGUUGAACAGAAAUCUAAAGUUCUCUGAGGAGGUGAUCGUUUACACAGUCUGGUGUUUUUUUAUUAAUGGGCUUUAAAAUCAGAUCAAAUUAUUGUUGAUUAAUUUUUAUAUUUUAGUUUUUUGUGUCGUACCUAACUGAUGAAAAAUCUACUUUUUUAUGGAUUAUCUGACGUCACGUUUUGCAUUUGGUAAAAUUGAUCAAUUUUGAGGCUUUUUGGUCUUUGACAGCGCCGGGUCCAAAUCUAACCCGUCUGCACAUGCCGGACACUUCCUGUGUUUUGUGUUCAUAUCGGGUGUAAAUAAAGUUUACUCCUUUAAUCUGCUCAGAUUAUGAACACCUGAAUUUUGUUUUUUCUCUUUGUGUGUGAAUUAAUUCACUAACUUAGUGACAUUUUCACUGCGUGAGUCCAAACAUGUUAAUUUAUGCUCGACAGUUUUCAUUACGUCUAUUUCCACGUCGUGUUUUCACGACUCAGCAGAUAAUCUGACCUCCUCCUUCGACGUCUGUCUCCAUAUAACAAAAAAGUCCUGUCAUUCACUCUGUUCCUGUCCGAUCUCUAUACCAACUUUAUUUUUAUUAGCUGGUGUGAAAAGUGUCAUGACUCCUGGUGUGAAAACAACAUCAGAUUAAAAGUUCUGACUUGAUUAUAUUUUGUUCUGAUAAUAAAAUAUAUUUAUUUUCAGGGGCUCUCCAGAAUUACAUGUUUAUAAAACUUAAUAAAAUACCAAAACUAGUCAGGAAAAUAUAAAUAUAUACAUGUUAGAGGACAAGACUGCAAAGACUGCUUUGACCACAGGGGGCGCCAAAACUGACACAGACUGAACGUCCCUCACUGGAGCUUUAAGUCUGCAUGUUUAUAGAAGUUUAAAGGAGUUUAAUUAAUGACAGAAAAGACAAAAAUUUAAUCAGAUUUAAAAAAUGACAGAAAUCUAUCAGAUAUUCUUAUUUAUUCUUCAAAGUCAAUUUAACUUUCUCACGUCUGAUCCCACCGACUGAUGGGUUUUACUGUGAAAGGUUUAAAAUUAGACGUUUUAUUUUGAAAUUUUAGAUUCCAGCUGAACAGAAAGAGUCCCUGACAUGAAAACAGCAGUUUUCUGUAAAUCACUCCGAGGAUGUUCCCGCUAUGUCGCUAUUUUUCACUCUCUCUGCACUGGAAUAGCCACCUUUCCUCUCCCUUCCCCCUCAAACACACACACACACACACACACACACACACACACACACACACACACACACACACACACUGUCAUCUACAAUUAGACUCAAGAGAAACACCACAGGAGGAGGAGCGUGAGGUUAAAGGAGGAUGAGGACAAAAGCAGAAAAAUGUUAUUUUCUCACCUCAAGAAUCAAACAACCGGAUCUAGUGUGUGUGUGUGUGUGUGUGUGUGUGUGUGUUCAUGUCUGCACAUGUGUGUUAGUGUGCAAACGUGUGUGUGUGUGUGUGAGGCGUUAGUCCACACACAAAUAAACUCGAACACCGCGGCCCUGCUUUGUGUUUUAGCAGCUCAGCGAGCACAUGUGCACGUCUGAGGACGGGACGGCGAGGCGUGAGGACGACAGUAAGAAUAAGAGGGCGCUGGAGGUGAUCAGUGUGUGUGUGUGUGCGUGUGUGAGGGAAAGAGAGGGAGAGGGAGAGCGCCACAGUGUGUGUGCGUUCUCACCGCUGAUUGCAGGACGGUAAUGACCAGAUGCAGACCUCUCACACUUGGACUUGUUACUUCCACUCUGCUGCCCUCGCUCAGUCCUUAAGGAAAGGUCAAAGGCCGGCAGGGUCCUACAGGUCACCCAGGGGGAUGGAGUGUGUGUGUGUGUAAAUGUGUGUGUGUGUGUACAGUGACCAUGAGAGACAGAUCUGAGAGGGCAGAUGGGCCGACUGUGUGUGUGUGAGAGCGCUCAGGCCGGGGUUGGGUUUACCCCGUGGAUUUUUUCCCACGCCUCCAUCUCUUCUUAUCCAUCUGAGGACACACGCUGCACUCACUGUGUGUGUGUGUGUGUGUGUGUGUGCGCGUGUGUGUAGAGAAGGAGAAAGGGCUAACUCAGACAUCGUGGUCGUGGUAAGGUAAAGUCUGCUUGUUUGCAGUCAUGCGUUCACUCAGGCAUGUCUGAAUGUGCCUCUGUCUGUCUAAAUGUGUCUCUGCAGGAGAGUGCACGAGUGUGUGCACGAGUGUGUGUGCAUGUGUGUGUGAAUCGAUGCUCUGGAUCACAGCCAGCGGCCCCCUUCUGUUCCCUCUCCGUGGCGUCCAAUCACGCCGCGGCACACUAUUCUAUGAGCAAACCGCAGCUGAUCCCAGACCUGCUAUCUGAGCAAUUACCCAGAGUGCUUUGGGGCUGCAUGGCAAGCUGGACAAGCUCAUGCCCUCUGACAUAGAGCAUGGGGGGAGGGCAGCGAGGCUGUUUUUCUGACUGUGCGUGUGUGUGUGUGUGUGUGUGUGUGUGUUGGCAGGGUGAGGGAUGGGGGUCGAUGAGGAUGGACUGAUGGGAAAAGAGGAGGCUGGGGGAGUUUACGGACGCCGCUCAUGCAGCAACAGUGUGACUGUCUACAUCACCGAGUGGACAAAGACGUGCACGGCGCCGCCGAGGGAUGGCGUUGGGGGAGGGGAGAUGGCAUUAUGAUUAUUACUAUAACAGAGAGAGAGAGGAGGGCCGACUGUACGAACAAAGAGACGGAGCAGGACGGUGUCAGAGAGGACGCUGCAGGUCUGAGCGUGUCAGGGACGAUCAGCGUCUUCGAUCGAUUAUCAGAUUUAUGAAAACCUUUUGAGGUAAACACGCUCCCCUCUGACCUUCAGGAAAUGACCUUCAUAUUUAUGUUUUACCUUCUGAGGCAGGAAGUCUACGGUCCAAAGAUGUGAAAACAGAAACACGCUGGUCCAAAUACGAGAAACACGAACGAUCGCAGAGUCAGACUGAACGAACCUCUUUGUUUGACUUCAGGAACUUCGGCAGUUGUCAAAUAUUUUCGUUCUUUAUCUGAAUCGACACGUUUCUAUCCUCCUCGACUGCAGCAUGAAUAUUUAUAACAUAAACAUGUUAAUAUGAAAAAACAGAGAAUAACCUUUUAUCUUUACUGUCAUCAUUUUAGAUUCUCAGUUCGGGGUUUCACGACAGAUCGUCUUUAUUGUGAUAUUCACAAACAUGCACAGUCGUCACACUGACAGACGUCCUGAUGAUUCUUCGAUAAACGGCGGUUAGAGAAACUGACGCUGUGCGGACUUUAAUUCUGCAACUGUUUACAUUUUUUCAAUCAAUAUUUAUUUAUAUAAUAUCAAAUCACGACAGUCACUAUCUCAAGAUGCUUUCCAAAAAGAGCAGGUCUCAGUGUUUUUAUGUCUUACAAAGACUAAACUGACUGUAGAAUGUAAACAUAGACGUCAUGACACCGCCGCGUUCACAGACACCUGAAAAACACUGAAGUGGGACUGAUGAGACUUCUUAUUCUCAGAUUUAAUCUCCUCCAGGAGUCCAAAAUAAAAACACAAUCUCAGUCUCUGUCGUUCUCAAACUCUCUGCUUUUAUUUUACUUCCUUUUUUCCUGAUCGGUGAAUUUAAACUGUCGUCUCACUAAAUGUCAUAAAAUAAAGAAACUCGGAGACUUCAUCAGCGGAGACGUCAAACAAUAAAAGCAGGUUGAGACUGAACCUCUGUGACCGUUUAUAGACCGCUGACUGUGACCCUACAGUUGAGAAGCGGCGCUGUGAGAAUUAGAAAUAUUAAUAAUUAUAAAUAAAUGUUGAUGUUUUAAUAUUCAUCCUCACAAACAGACAUUUUAACAGAAACAUGAUCAGCUGAUUAAACCUGCUGCUCUGGUUCUGCCUCAGGUGUGUGUGUGUGUGUGUGUGUGUGUGUGUUUUCCUCUUGGUUGGUUUUCUUGCAUCAUUUUGUGUAACCUUUAGCCCCUCCCACAUUGCUCUCUGAUUGGCUGGACAUCAAAUGACAGAGGUUUGAUCCAAAAUCAGUCUGUAAAUGCAGCGGCUCAUUGUUUAAGUAGUGUACCCAGGGAUGGGAAUUGAGAACCGGUACUCAACAAGAACCGGAUCCAAAUGGUUCAAUCCAUCGACAUCAUUUACAUUUUAUCUUAACGAUUGAACGUAAGUAAGCAGAAACACUCCGGAGCGUGGCUUUAUUUACCUAAGAAGAACAACAACGUGGCGUGCGAUGUUUGUGGAGCAGUGAUAAUAUGCCAAAGUGGAAACAUCAGCAGCUUAAACAUUUGUCAACGGGGCACGGCGUCAAACAUAAGGAGUCACAUGUAUCCGCCGCUCUCCGCUGGUCGUCUCGGCACGUUUGAUGGGUUUGAUUAUUUUAGACUCUCACUGAAGGUGGCGUCCAUCUGUUUCUGUUAUCAGGGACUCAAUAAAACUUUGAGUUAAUGGUGAAAACCUUUAGUCUACUUUUUUUUUUCAUUGAUAAGGGAAUCGUUAAAGAAAUGAAUCGAUAAGCAGAAUCGAUAAUGGCAUCAAUAUCGAUUAAAUCUUAUCAGUUUCCAUCCCUAAGUGUACUCCUUAUAUUCACAAUCUGAGCAACACUGAAGCUCCUCUCUUUUAAAACUUCAAUCAUUAUUAAUAAUCUUAUUUAUAAAAAUAAAGCUAGUGUUAUAUUUGUUGAUAAAUUUGUGUUUUUAUUGAUCUCUCAUAUCGAUAAUGUACGACAUCGAUGCGGCCUAUUUUCAGCGAGACAGAAAACCGUGUCUGAACGUUCCCUCUUUUCUAAAGUUGGACAAACUUUGACAUUUUUACUGAAAUGCUGAUCGUUCUAUUUAAUUAUUGGUGAUGGUACCGGCCCUGAAAAUAAAUAUUGGUCGACCUUCAGAGAAAUCAAAGAUAAUCGAAUAAAAAGGUCGGCGAGGAGAGCGUUACGCGGUCUGGUCUGUUCGUGUUUUUUCUCUCUUUAAAGUCCUGAUAUUAUAUUUUAUCGUCAGUGUUUGUUGGUUUGGAGAACUUUUUAAUAUUUUGUUCUUUUAAUUUUAACAUGAAUGUAGAAGGAAAUCUAAGAAGAGACAAACAGGACGAGAGAAAACGGAGAGAAGUUUGUGGUGGUCAGUGUUAAAACCCUCAAACGUCUCCUGAUAGAAACAUUUCCGACUGAUAAUUCACUGAUGUUUAGAUUUAAAAGACAGAAAAAGAGGACGUGCGGCGUAUAAGAGCGAUGACAGUGAUUCAAAUGGACUUUGUUUUUGGUAUUUUUUAAGAAAAGCAGAUCGUCCACACGCCUCUGCAUAUGUUUUAGGAUCUUCAUCAGACAGACAAGAGAGAAAGUCUGACAGUCUGUUUGAAACAAUCUGCAUUGUCGGAGUUUCAUUGAUUUUAAUGGGACAGUAUGAUGUGAAAACAUGACAGGAGACACAGGGGAGAUAACCCAAGCAGCACCGCUAUAAGCUAUUCCCAGCUGUGUGUGUUAAUCCACUCAGCGAUCACGCCACCAAAAGUUUCUCUCGCUGUUUUUCAUCAUCAUCGGCAGAGGGAGAAAAAAAAAAAAAAAAGAGGAGCGCUUGUUCGUCUCUAAGCUCUGCAAGACGGGGACGAGGACGAGAGAGUUUGAGAGCUGAGAGAUGGAAAUAGAUCAUGAAAUACAGAAACGGGAAUGAUUUCUCAGUCACUUAGAGCGAGGAGGAACAAGUCAAACAGAGUGAAGCGGAGUGGAUGGUGAACAGUGAUAGCAUAAUUCACAGUAUAGAGACAUCUAAGAGCAGCGCUGCAGCUCCUCACAUUUAACAAGGAGUGGUGGGGGGUAAAGUGCUGAUCUCCGCCGUUCUCCCAGAAGAAAUCUAGUUAACUGGCGAGAAGCUCUGCGUAUUUUUAAUGAAGAGGAGAAACCACCCACAUCCAUCCCCGACAAAUCAACCCCAGGGACUCCAGCAGGAGCCGUGUUUGCAUUUCUGAGGCAAAAGUUAGCGGAGAGAGAUUUUUAACUGCGCCGAGAGCGGCUGCUGCUGCUGCUGCUGCUGCGCCAGCCUCCAGUGUAUUAAGACCUGUGUGUGUGUGUGUGCGUGUGUGUGUGUGUUUCACCCUGCAGGCUGAAUAGAUAAAACAUGCAUGUCCAGUCUGGUCCUCUUUAAACACAAAUACAUACAUGAAACUAAACAUGUACAGCAACACCUAGUGGCUUAAAUCUGCCGUUACAUCGCCUUUAUAGAAAAGAGGAGUCACCCUAGCGUGGUCGUGUGUGUGUGUGUGCGUGCAUGCGUGAUCUACUUCCAUGGUUUAGAGGAAGUAUUGUUAAAAUAUUGGUGUGAAGCUGCUCCUUUUCUCUCGCAGAUAAUUAGGACUCUAUUUAGAGAGAGAGGGCCAGCCCAGGAAAUACACAGGAGAGCCUCACCUCAUUAAAAAUCAAUUAUCAUAACACACGUGCCAGCACUUCACAGCCCUCAUGGCCACAACCAGCUAUACACGCACGCCCGUGCACGCUCACGCACAAACUCGUGCACAUGUGCAGAGUCUUGCUGCAGCGCCACUACAACUGCGCUCCCUGUAAACUCGGCUCCUGUCCGCCUCCCUCCCUCACUCCUUCUCUCUCUCAGGAGAUUGCUCAGGCCUGAUCCUCCUCUUAGCUGAGGAAUCGCCAGCGCUGCAGUCUCGCUCUUACAUAAUAACCUGAGGAUAACACUCAGGCGCCUGUUUGCAGAGGACACUGUCAGUCAGCUCAGAGCGCAGAGAGAGAGAGAAAGAAAGAGUCCUCCCGUAGCUCAGAGCGACAUCAGAAUCUGAAGAGAAAGACUUUCAGGUUUUGUUUGGAAGUGGACGCCUGUCAGUGAAAAUCUGUCUCUGAAGUUUUGCUCUUUUAUCAAAGUCAACUUUCACUUUCGCUUUAAGGCAACAAGUUUGUUUUCUGGAAGUGAAAGCAUGAAAUCAGAGACAAAAGUGCAUUAUCAUCGUCCUCCAAAGUUUGGACACAAUAGCGCUUCCUCUGAGCGUCCUGAAGAUAAGCCGUCCUCACGCCGCUGUAAUCCAGAGGAGCAGCAGCGGGCCCGCAUUGUUGAGUGGAUGUGGAAGUGGGAGUCCUUUCUGAAAACAAUCCCCAAAGCCUGAGCCGCCGAGAGAGGCCGACAGGACGAGCGCCGAUGAUACACCGAGCUGGCUCUGCACGCCGAUGACAUCACUUCCUUUAAGAGUGUGAGAGCUUAGCGCAUCAUCGCUGUGACAGCCAGACGAGUGCAGCGAGUGGGCGGUCACCCUGGCAACAGCGAUGCUGUCAUGACCGUCUCCCUAUAUCCUACCUGACAGUCCCCGCUGGCGACGAGCACGGCACACACUCGACAAUGAACACACCCACACACACACACACACACACACACGGAGGCAAACAUUUUGUCAGCACGUACACACGUACACACACACACACACUUUAUCUGUGUCUGUCUCUUUCUUAUAAGUGAAGCGCUCACUCACAGCGUCUCAGAAACACUCGGAAACAAUGCUCAUGCCCACACGCCUCCACGCGCUCCUCUGGGAAUAAUUAUGUGAUACAAAGAGGGGACGGAUCUCCCAUGGGGCAAACACAAGAUAUAAUGUAAUCACUGCAGAGACAGUAAACACACACACACACACACACGAGUCUCCUCUGAGGGGCCUCUUCUGUAAACCUGCAGAGAUGUUUCAUAUGUAGAUCCACAGACAGCAGGUGUGGGCUGCGUUGAUUCAGCUCGCUCUACCUCUCUCAGAUUUGUUCUUUAGGAUGAUCGUCUGUGCGCUGAGACGAUUCUUUUAUCCACAGAGUGAAGGUGAGAAGAAAACGUCCUGUCCUCUGUUUACCGCUCCUGCCCGGCGUGUUGCUAACAGCCAUGGCGGGGCACAACUGACCUGUUUUACGGCCUAUAAAUAGUGCGAUGCGGGCCGCGUUCAUUGACAGCUCUGUGCAUGUGUAGUCUGUGUGCUGUCCCAGUCCGGUGCUCUGCUCUGACCCAGUUUGGAGCCAGUUGGCAGAGAAAUUGGUGGAAAUGGGUCACGUCUUGAGCUGCACCAGAACUCGCAGCGUGAGCCUCGCUAACUUCAGAGAGCGGCUCCAGUGCGUGUUGUUAGUUUAUUCACGGACGAUCAGCUGCGCGGUUAUCUACCGCUGAGUUUAAGGAGCGAAACGUGAAACAUGAUGUAAGAGACGAACAAAGAGGUUCAGCUGCAGAGUGACGUCGAUGAAGAAAACUAUGAAGGCAUGAUGGUUUCUGAGUGACUGCAGGUCAGUCAGAGGUUUCAGGGGUGUUACUGCCUUUGACCACAAGGGGGCAGACUGACCAGUAAGAGAGUGACAGAGAGAAAAGGUUGAUUGAAAAGGUUAUGACGUGGAUCUAUGAGUUCAAUCAUCAUCCUCACUUUCUCCUCUAACCUGAGGAACCUUGGGGAUCGAGGGGAUCGUGGGGGGGUGGCUCUGAGGAAUCACCUGUCACAGCUGACUGUGUUCAGGUGGAGAUAUUCUGGUGCUUUCUAACGUGGAUGGUCUCACUCAGGAGUGUAAGGACAUCUGAUAAUACUCAGUCGCUUAGACAGACAGAACAGACUGUAUUGAUCCUCAUAUGGGAUUAUCCUAUUAUAUACACAGCAGCACGCACAUUCCUGCACAGACGCUAAGUAGACACAUCAAUAUCACAUCUAUCAUUGUACAGUCAGGGAUUUAGUGUUAGAGUAAACCCUGAAUAAAAAAGACUAUCAAGUUAUGGAGGCCUCGUGAUUGUAAAUGAAGUUGAGGAGAUAGUUGAGCAAAUAUGACCAGAUUUAAAAAACAAGUAUAUCGGUACAUGUGGGUCUGAUGACAAUACAAGUUAUUCUAAAAUGACAAUAAAGUUUAUUGGAGCGAUCUGAGAUUAUUUUCUGAGGAAAGGUUAAACUGUUUUAAUACUAAUGAUAACUCAGAUCUUAAAACAUCCUAAAAAUCAUCAAACCACAGAGCAGAAACACAUUUAAACCUGAAGUAAAAAUUACUGAGGAAAAAUACAUUUAAAAAUCACUAAAUACAGUUAGUUACUCAGCAGAAUGGCCUAUUAAAGUAUAUUAAUUGUAUAAUUUAGGUAUAAUGUCAGCAUCAUUCACUUUAAUUGCAAAAGGGCCAUGGACCAAACAAUCCAUUAUUCACUGACAUGUAAAGACUAAGUGGAUUAUAAUACAACAGAAAUAGUCCACAGGUCAGUCCACAAUCUGAGAAACCAGAACCAAAGAUCCAAACUAACCUUCGAACUCCUGCGGGCAGACGACUGUGACGGUUCUUAACGAGGUUACAGACGGACGUUUGGAGAAACUCCACCUUCAGGUACACCUCCGCAGUUACCUGUAAAUACAGAGUUUUACGUUAGAGUUACAGUUAUUUGUUCUGUGUUCGAGGAUUCAAGGAACUUUAUCUGUCAGACGCCACACCUUUGACAGUCUGUGGUAUGACAUUUGUACCCAGGUCCGUUUCCAAGCCAAGAAUAAAAUACAACACAAUAAAUAAAAAUGUAACACAAUAGAUAAAAUACAAUAACAAAGAGCAAAAUGUAAACAGUGCAAUACACACCAGAUACCGACUAGUUUUCUAACUACAGUAAAACUUCACCUUGUGUCCAGUCUAAAGCACACCUGUACAAAAAUCAUCCUGUUUAAUCAGCAUCCUGAUCUGACACAGAUUUAGACUAAUUUAUCAACAAAAUUAGACAGAAACAGUUUAUCUUUAGUGAACAUACAAAAACUCUUCUUUGAGUUCAGCUCAUGAAAAAUGGGAGCAAAAACUAAAUUGUUGUUUAUAUUUUUAUUUAGUGUAUUUUUGUUGUUGCAGAUAAAGUUGGAGCUCAUUUUAACUUCUUUAUUUACACACUGACAGGUAGACUAAUGAUCUCCUUGUUGCUAAUGAAGAUUUACUACAGAUCUAAAAUGUUAGUUGUAGUCACAUGACGUUUAAUCUGAACUCAGGUGACUGUAAAGUCGACACAACUAACAUUUUUCUCAGGUGGGAGUAAGCUAGUGCUAGCUAAUGCUAAUGCUAGUUUGUUAUGCUAAUGUGUCGUUAGUUAAACUUGUGUGUUGUGUGUUUCUCUGUGAAGUUAUUGUGUUUGUUUUCACCUGUUGUUUGUGUUAAAGUUGUUCUUCACUCAGUCCGAGUUGUUGGCAGAUCCGCAGGUAUCCGAAACUGACUCAUUUCCGGUCUCGUUUUCGCGCCAAUUAAAUUAAAUCCGGUACAGAAAUGGCGGAUGGGGUAACGGAAGUAGCUGUUCACUUUUCAAAAUAAAAGCUCGCCAUAUCUAUAAUAAAAGCUCAUCCGCUUGAGGAAAGGAAGAAAUGAGUGUCUUAAUGAUAAAAGUGAGAAUAACAUUCUUUAUUGUUAUUUUCACUUUUAUUAAGUUAAAUUUCUUUUUGUUACAGAAAUUCCAGUGCAAAUAACUUAGAAAGAGGAGAUAAAUAAUAUAUACAAAAUACAUAAAAAUAAUCAAAAUAUGUAAUAUAUUCAGUUUAACAAUAUACAAGUUUGUACACUAUAUACAACACAGAAUAGUAAAAUAGUAUGUAUAUGAUUCCACAGCUGAAAGGAUUUCUCAGUAGAGCGUGAAGUCCGUCUGCAGAAAACUGUAGCCUAGCUUGCGUGGAAAUCCUCCCAGCAGUCCCUCAUUAAAGGGGCGGAGCUGACCGACAUCCACGGUGGCUAAAACACAAACAAGAGACAUAUACUUCACACAGCCUCACUUUGAAAAUACUGAAACAUCUGAACCCAAAGAUCCACUUUAAUUCUGUUGGAUUUCUCCAAAGAUGACCAAACACAAACACAUUCACACACACUCUCCAUAAAAACCCACACUGACUCUAGAUCCAGUUUGCGCUACAAUCAGGCUAACUCUGUCCAAGUGUUAUAUCUGAACCUGAGUUAGUUUGGUGUAUUUCCUUGUUGCUGCGGUCAGUUUAGACCGAGUUUAUGAGGAGUUCGUUCCAGCUGGGACAGCACAAGCAGAUUAGAGAUGAAUGGCUGCUUCAGCUCUGACUAAGCCAGCGCUCAUUAGAGGAGGGAACCAGCUCGUCGGGAAAUAAUUUGGGAUUAAAUAGGCUGUCUAAUCUCUUUAUCGAAGGUGUGCCAUCUCAGCAGACACACCUGACCACGUCUGUAGUCAUCUCAUACCUCUAACUGGAACUCUGAACCUGCAGAGCGACCGGGACAGAUGCUUCUGUCGUUACUGUGACACACUUCCAUGUUCAUAUCCUGUGACUGUGCAUGGAGCUGCCUAUACACAGUGAGUAAGGCUGGAGAGUAGUUCCUGCUGAGGUUUACCUGUGAUGGCUGUAGUUUGUGAGUGUGUGUUAUAGUGUGUAUUUGUAUGCAUGUGUGAAAAAGCGAGUCAAAGGAGGAGGAGGAGGAGGAGAGCGGUCCUUCAGCGGUGUGACCCGUGUUCUCAUUAUGGCAACCUUUGUAACCUGCAGGGGUCUCUCCUUCAAAUGUCACACAAAGAAACUCCACACACAAUUAUCACUGACAUGAGUGAGUGUGGGCGUCUGUUCAGACCAUUAGAGGAACUUCUCCAAGGACGUGCAGAAUAUCCAGAUGUCACCUUGUUCCUGUUAAGCUGCAGUCACACUCGCUCUGUUUGCAGGAACAUUCACAGGGUGACCAACAGCCAACGAGGCCGUGUGACAUUUCCUUUGACCUCAGAGACACAAACUGAGACCUUCUUAACUCUGAGUUUGUCCUUUAACACAUCUCCUUCCUGUCCUCUUUGUCUGCUUUCAGCCCAAAUCGAAGUAAUACCUUGCAAAAUCUGCGGAGACAAAUCAUCAGGUAUCCACUAUGGCGUCAUCACGUGUGAGGGAUGUAAGGUGAGCCUCUGCUUCUUCUCGGCCUCACAGUUGUGCACGCUCAGUCCUCGUCAGGCACACCUUUGUAUUGACUCUCCUGUUUGACCUGAUCUCACCAGGGUUUCUUCAGACGGAGUCAGCAGAACAACGCAUCGUACUCCUGCCCGCGCCAGAGGAACUGCCUCAUCGACAGAACGAACCGCAACCGCUGCCAACACUGCCGCCUACAGAAAUGUCUCGCCCUGGGAAUGUCCCGAGAUGGUGAGGACGAAAUAUACUUCUAUUUGUGCAAACAUGCAAACGCACACUGACCACAGAUGAACAUGUAAAAUAAUUACCUGUUAAUCCCGGGGUGUCAUGAGUUUUCUUUCUUACAUUUUGUUUCUUUUCAACUUUUACUUCCUGAGCGAAACAAAAAACAAGGUCAACAGCCGUCUGAGAAAAAGAUAAAAACAUCAAAAUAAAAGAAAAAGCUGAAGUUUUAACAGGAUACAGAAUAAAAUAAACACAGUUGAAGAAAGUCAGACAUGAGUUUGUUUGUUGCUGAAAUAACAGGAUCUGGUUGCUCUCUUAAGUCUUGAGUGAUCUGGUGGUGGGCUUCAGGAUUUCGGUCCUUUCACAGAAAAUCCGUCCGAGCAGAUCAAACUUUACAGUCAGGACUUAAAGCUGCUCGGGGGACUCUGCUGUGGUCUCUUUAGUUCUAUCAUUUUGGAGGCUGGCAGGAAAUAUUCCACACUCAAGAUCUUACCUUCACUUAUGUGGGACAGUUUUGUUUUGUGUGAUAGUUUGACCUCCUUUCUCGUUUUGUCUCGGCGCACAGCGGUGAAGUUCGGCCGCAUGUCUAAAAAGCAGCGUGACAGCCUGUACGCAGAGGUCCAGAAGCACCAGGCUCGCCUGCAGGAGCAGCGGCAGCAGCAGACGGGGGAAGCAGAAGCCUUGGCGCGCGUUUACUCAUCCAGCCUAACCAACGGACUGUCCACCCUGAACCAUGAAAUCGGGGGAACCUACGCCAACGGACACGUCAUAGAGCUGCCCAAGGGCGGACACGGGAACGGAGGAGUGGUCCCGGGCGGAUACUACGGGAUGGACUCCACCCAGCCGUCUCCUGACCAGUCCGGUUUGGACAUGUCGGGCAUGAAGCACAUUAAGCAGGAGCCGGUGUACGACCUGACACCUGUACCCAACCUGUUCAGCUACGGGGGCUACCAGGACACUCAGCUGGGACCCAACAACGUCAGCAUGGGAGAGCUCGGUAAGACCGCCCGGGGUUUCACUCCGUCUGUCUGUCGCUCUGCAGAGUUUUCACAAUGAAAUGUACAGAUGGAAAGAGCUGGAGUCCUAGAACUGAUCCAAGGUCAGACUGUGUGUUUGCUAGUCCUUAAAACUGGAGAAUCUCUACACAAACCUGAUCCUCACAUGUAAACAGCACCGCUCCAUCUUUCCUCACUGACCUUGUUUGAUACAGUUUUACGGUUUUAUGAUGAAUGGACGGCGAUAAAUCCGAAGUUCUCCUCUCUUUCAGACCGCAUCGCUCAGAAUAUCAUCAAGUCCCACUUGGAGACGUGUCAGUACACAACAGAUGAGCUGCAGCAGCUGGCCUGGCAAACACACUCCUACGAAGAGGUCAAGAUGUACCAGAGCAAGGUGAGCUCUUAAACAGCUGAUUUACACUUUCUGCUGCCAGGCUGCAGGUAAACAGUCUUUCUCUGCUCCAAGGACUCCAGUAUCAGGAGGAUCUGGUGAAGUUUGAUGAAAAUAAAAAAAAACACAAUCAGUCAAACUGAAAAGGAAAAAAAAAAGAAUGGAUUAAUUCAUCUAUAAACUAAAAAAAACCACAAUAAUCUCACAGUCAUCCGUUUCUAAUGACGCUCAGAUUUAGGAUUUAUCAGCAGCUCUGAGACUGACAGAGAGGAACCGCCGGUUUAUUUACGGCUGCGUAUGUAACGUCAGUUCUGACCUGAUCUGGACGUGUUUGUCUUCAGCCUCGGGACGUCCUGUGGCAGCAGUGUGCCAUCCAGAUCACCCACGCUAUCCAGUACGUGGUGGAGUUUGCCAAGCGCAUCUCAGGGUUCAUGGAGCUGUGCCAGAACGACCAGAUCCUGCUGCUGAAGUCAGGUGGGUUUACUGAACCGUGUCGACAGAGGAGCAGGUCAGAUGGUGGACUUCCUUUAGUCUCUGGGAAAGUUUAGUUUCUUUGGGCGUACACUUACAUCUGUGGUCGUCUGCAGGAAGAUCUGAAAACAAACUUUAUAAACAACUUAGAGUCUGAAUUUAUCUGACCUCUCUGCAAAACAAAGAAACCUGUCAAAUGUUGAUAAAUCCGACUUCUUUAUGAUUUUACAGCUUCUUGGUUUAUAUCAGGAUUUAUAUGAAGGAUUAAAAAUGUCUGAAAUCGGUGUGAAAUUAUCCCAAACUGAUCCGUUUGUUCUGGGUUUUUCAGGUUGUUUGGAGGUGGUCUUGGUCCGGAUGUGCAGGGCGUUCAACCCUCUCAACAACACCGUCCUCUUCGAGGGGAAGUACGGAGGCAUGCAGAUGUUCAAAGCUCUGGGUAAGACGCCGUUAUCUUUGAAUAAAUGAGGGACUAACUGAAAAAAACUCAAGAGCGGGUUAUUUUUGUGCAAACAGGACCAGAAUAAGUGAACCCAAAUCCCUCCUCUUCUUCCUCCUUCUUCUUCUCUCUGACCUCCUCGUCCUCCUCUCUGUUUCCCUCCAAGGUUGUGAUGACUUAGUGAGCGCCGUGUUCGACUUUGCCAAGAGUUUGUGUUCCCUGCAGCUGACGGAGGAGGAGAUCGCUCUGUUCUCAGCUGCUGUGCUAAUUUCCACAGGUCAGUGCACAUCAUCUCAUCUCUGUUAGAAAAGUGAAUCAAUAAGGAGGACCGGACCCAUCAGAACCGGACUCUUUUCAACAGAGGACAUUUACUGCAGUCCAGGAAAAGGAACCUGACCUUCAUGAGAAAUCAUUAAAUAAUACUGAGUGACAAAAAAAAUGUAAUUUAUGAAAUAUUCACUCAAAAUAAGAAGUCAUAAUUAUGAGAUAAAUUCAAAAUUUCACGAUUAAAAAAUCAAAAGUUGGAUAAAAAGUCUUAAAAAUCACAUGAAAGUGAAAUUUUCUGAUAUUAAAAGUCAACAUGAGUCAAAAAGUCAAGAGUGUGAGAUUAAAAAAGUAGAAACUAUGAAAUUAAAAGUCAUAAUUAUGAGGGAAACAAGUCGGUUUUUAUGAUUAAAAAGUCAUAAUUAUGGAAUUGGGAGUCACAACUACAAAAAAUAAAUAAUGUGAGAUUUUUAAUACAAGUCAUAAUAAUGAGACAAGAAAGUCCUUUUUCUAUUUGAUGAAAAGUCAAGAUUAUUGAAAACAAGAUAUAAUGAGUGAAGAGGUCACAAUGUAGAGUAACAAAUCUGUAAAACUGAUCAAAAAUAUGAAAUAAAAAAAAGCGACUCUGAGGUUAAAGUCAUAAAAGUUAAAUAAAAAGUCACAAUUAUGAAACAAAAGUCAUGAUUAUGAAAUAAAAACGUUUAAAUUAUUGGAUAAAAUCAUAAUUAUGAUGUAGAAGUUAUAAUAUCAGGAUAAAAGUCAAAAUUAUUUAAUACAAACAAUAACUGUGAGAUAAAAGUCAAAACUGAGUAAAAGUGAAACAGAAAAAGACAAUUAUGAUUAAAACUGUAAAUAUAGAAAAAGUCGUAAUUAUGGAAUAACAAUCUAUAACUUAGAGGAAACAAUAAUAAAAAUGAGAUAAAAUUAAAAGUCAUAAUUUUGAAAUAAACUUUUUAAAAUUCUCAUCAUUUUAACUAAAAACAAAAUUAUGACCUACUAUCUCUUACUUAUUACAAUUCUUUCUCAUUUUAAUGACUUUUUAUCGUGGUUUUUUUUCAAUAUUUUUAUCCUCUAAUCUGUUCAUUUCAUCUCACAGUCGUAACUUUAAUCCUGUAAAUAUGACUUAAUAUUUAAGUUUUUAUUUUUUCUAGAACCUCAUUAGUUUUUUUUAAACUGGCAGAAAUUUGCUCCUUUUAUAUCUAAAGUUAUGAAGAAAACCCCCAUAAUCAGCUGUUUUAAGAGACCAUGACCUUCGUUUACUCUCUGACCUGUGUGCGUUCGCUCUAAACCGAUGACCCCUGGACUUAACCACCAUUUCUGUUCUCGUUCCUCUUAGACCGGCCGUGGCUGAUGGAGCCUCGGAAAGUCCAGAAGCUCCAGGAGAAGAUCUACUUUGCUCUGCAGCACAUAAUGCAGAAGAACCACAUGGACGAGGACGCGCUGGCCAAGGUAAGCUCAGCCUCUAGGAGAAGGAGAGGAGUCCGAAAAGUUCUCCAAAGUUCCUCCAUGAUCAGCUGGAGUUCUCAUGACCUUCUCUUCCUCUCUGUCUGGCAGCUGAUCAGCCGAAUCCCAACGUUGUCGGCGCUCUGCACGCUACACACUGAGGAGCUGCAGGCCUUCCAGCAGCUCCACCCAGAAACCGUCAACGUCCUCUUCCCCCCGCUCUACAAAGAACUCUUCAACCCGGACCCCAACUCUGCAAUGACCAUGCCCAAGUGACUGGCUGAGGUCCCCGUGCAACAAACGGCGUCAGCGGAGGACCAAGAAAACGUAAAGACAGCCACGUCUGACGAGGCGCCAAUGGAUGUGUCGACCAUGUCAUCGCCGUGGAAAACACACGUUACUGAGCGCCCCCAGCCUCAUUUGGACUGGGGGUCUGGGAUUCACCCGCCAGAAACUUACAGUUAUGGCCAACCAUACUAGGAAUGUCCAGCACUUAUCCCAUCCUGUUCACCGAUACAGUCUGAAGAAUGUAUAUAAACGAAGGCGCCUCGGGCCACGACCUGAACCAACCAACCAACCAACGAACGUACAAACGAACGAACGAACGGGGCUUCCUCCUCCUCCUGUCUGAACUGAACUGACUGACCAGAAAUGUACAGACUUUCAAACUUUUAGGAACAAUUUUAAGCUGUCAAUCUUUAAAAAAAAAAUGGGUAAGUUAAUUUGUUUUAACUUUGGAAAAAAAACUUUUCGUUUGUUGAUUUUUUUCUGGUGAAGAAACGCGAGGCUGAAGACGCUGGAUGGGGGCGGGAACUGUGGAUUUAGAGAAGCUAUUGUAGAUAUUCUUCUAGUGCAGAGCGGAUUCCAGUAUUACUUCUUGUUCUGUUAAAUAAGUUAGUCCUAAUUUAAAUAUACAGCAGCAGCAGCAGCGGCGGUCCACGGCGGCUGGCUUUACCUUGUCUAUGUGUUCUUAUUUUAUUUGAUAGUUUCUUGUGUACAGAAUUUGUAAAGUUGAGACUUGUAAAAGAAUAUUGGGGGUGAAUACCGGGAGUGGAUUUGGGGUUUUGUUGAUAUAUAGAAGCCUUGUCUGGAUUUAUGUAAAGAAGGAAGUGACAUCCUUCUACUGAGAACUUAUAGAAAUGUAAAGAGAGCAUAUGAAGGAUUUUAAAGAAAAUAACGGCUAAUACUUUUCAAUGUGAAGAAGAUUCUAUAUACAGAAAUAUUCUAUUUUGCAAAAAAAGAACCUGGCAGGUUUGCCGUCCUAUCAAUCAUAGUUUUUUCUCGCUGCAAUAACAACGUCCAACUAAAGCUGGACUGCUUUCGAACAAUCAACCAAUCAGAGCUAGGACCUCAUUAGAAACCCCUCCUCUUCCCCUAAACCCCGCCCCCUUUUCUUUCCUAGAGUUUUGACACUAGAUUCUGCAUGAAACACACAGAGGUUCUCCGUUUAAAAGACUCUAAAAACUUGAAUUUAGCUGAAAACUUGCCAAUCUGUAGACCCUGUCUGAGCGCUGUACGCCUCAAACCCUCUCAUCAAUAUUUGCACAAUCCAGUCUGUGGAUGUCGUCGAUCACUCCAGGCUGUAAAUAUGAAGGACCCUUUUCUCUCCAGAGCAAUAACUUUCACACUGCCUCUCUGAUCCUCCUCCUCAUCCUCCUCCUCCUCCUUCAUUCUUCAGAAGAACAGGGUAGACGUUUAAAUACUAGAAUGCACUAUAUGACUGAAUUAACUUCACAUGAACUCCACAGCAGACUCUGUAACAUGAAACCAAACCUGAGGACAUAAAGCACAGUUUUAAAUAAAUAUGAAGAAACGCAGGUCAGCUUCUUUGACGGACUUUUAAAGUCAGACCUGAAAUUCAUGCAAAACUCUGUGAUAGACAAUCACUGUCAGGCUGUGACUCUGUGACUCUGUGACUCUCUGCAUCUCUGCGCUAACGUGUUUCUAAAAAUCUAUUCGCUGCGUUAGUCCGACUGAAAUCACACGACAUCUAAUGUUGCGUAGUUGGACAAACAUACGGAGAUGAUGCAGGUGAGGAUCGAUUCUCCUGUGUGUUUACACUGCUCAGUGUUCUGAGCAUGCUCAGUGCAAACCAGGUAGAACAAUCUUGAAUAGGAGUUGUAAAGUCGUCAGUGUUUCAUCCUGUUAGCCUCUUGCUAAUUUUUGUAUCGAUUGUUUUGGUUGAUUAUGGACUUUGUCAAAUUUCAGCCGACUGUUGUGGAGGCGUUAAUCAGACUGGAAAGACUGGGACAAAGACUUUAGUCCAGUUAAAUUUUCCAGGUUCAGUAAGCUGGACUCAGCUGUUUUUAAGCACUUAGAGAGAAAUCUGUUUCCUGCAGUCUGCGCCGUUAUUUGAUGUUGAGGAGCGUUCGGCCACUCUGUGCACUGCUCUUCUUUUUCUUACUUUUUUAAAUGAAGAAAUUAUAAAAUUAUUGACAAUCCAAGAUUUUAAGGACUUUUUAGCUAAAUAACAAUCUCUAAAUAUUUAAUGACAAAUCUUCUAAAAUCACAUCAUUAAGGUUCUAAUCAGACUGAUCAGAUCUGCAGACUCUGUCCGGGUCCACAUGGAGACGGGAGUUUAAGAAAAUGUUGUUUUUUUGUCUCCUGAUACUCGGUGGACUGAUUAUCGGUUAUUCAGGCUGAUUGAUUUUUUACAUCUGUUAAAGUUUAUCGGCUCCAAAUAUCAGUCUGAUGAACAUUUACACAGGAUUAAAUUAAAUCUGUCGACAGUCUGAGUUUGUUAAAAGUGAAAACUCUAUCACAGUGUAUGAAGCUCUAAAUUCAGCGCUCUGUAUAGAGUUUAAAAAUCUCUGUUUACCACAGUGAGAGACGCUCCUCUGACCGACUGAUUACACUUUAUCGCCACCUGCUGGCCACAUAUUUAACAGCUCAUUUAAACUGUUUCUGUAGUAAUGUAGAUUUUCUCUCAGAUCAUCAUUUAUGAACUUAAAGUGGAGCUCUGACCGAGCGGGUUCACCUCUCACAGGUGACGACAGACCAGGUCGUUAAAAACACACGAGCCGUUUACAGAGAGUUCACAGAAACACCGAACAAACAUCCGUUUCAUACUUCUCCCCUCCCACCAUCCCCCAGACCCAGACCCAGACCCAGACCCAGACCCGGAUCAGAGGCCAGUGACUCUAAAGACAAUCACUUGCUCAUUAAGGCUCGAUGCACUACACAGCAUCUCUCAGGGAGCAGCUCUUUUUUCUGACUUUGCAUUCAAAGAGGGUUGAAUAAUAUUUUUGCAAAUUUACAAAAAAAAGAGAAUAAAGAAAUAUAAAAGAAGAACUUUUUAGGAUUAAAAAAAAACACAAGCAUACGCUGCUAAAGUAUGCCGGCAAGAAUCUGCCCAGACAAGGCUUUGACAAGUGUGUGUCUGUCUGUGUGCGUGUGUGCAUGUGUGUGUGUGUGUGUGUGUAGAGCAUGAAUUCACUGUCCAGAUCUCUGUUGGACAGACAUGGUCACGACGUAGCACAUGAAGAAGAGAACACAAACGCAGACUCUCUGUCUGCCGCACACUCAUGUUUACAGCUCGUUUCGCUGCUUUGGGGACGCAGAUGAUGGGGGGGGGGUAGUAAGCUGUGAAUCAGGAGCCGCCACACAAUGACCCCACAAUGACCCCACAAUGACCCCACGAUGACGGGACAGUGAAUUUAACUCUGGUGACGAUGAAGAUGAAGAUGUUUUUGUGCUGUUUUUAUUUUCCCUUGUUAGACUGUGAAUCAGAGGGGGGGGCGGGGCGACGAGAGGGGGGGGGUGUGCUGGAAGGACAAAAAGAAAAGAAAGAAAGAAAGAAAGAAAGAAAGAAAGAAAGAAAGAAAAAGAAACGCAACACUGUAAGUAAGAAACUGUAGCAAUAAGAACUGGAGGCAUUUACUACUGUCAUGUUUGCAUUGUAAGAUUAUUUUUUAUUUUAUUACUAUUUACUAUUAUUAUUAUUAUUAUUAUUAUUGUUCUUAUUAUGACUACUAUUCUUCUAUUACUCUCUUAGCCUAUUGUUGUUCUGUUCUAUUUGCAUGAACGUUUCAUUGCGAUGAAACACGGGGGGGUGGGAGGGGCUUCUUUGUGUUUUCUCUUCUCAUGAUGAUAUUGGGAGUUUGGUGGGAGGGGCCUGGGCGGGGCGGGGCGGGGGGCGUUGGCAGGGUGGGUUCAGGGAAAACUCCACCUCCAUCCGUCAGUUUUUUUUUUUUUUUUUUCCACUGAAGCUGAAAGGAUUUUUAAAUAAAUGCUCUUAUUUAUACAAACAAAAGUUUUAACAUUUGAUCUGAAAUGUUCUUUUUUUUUUUUCUCUCAAUCUUUGAAUGUGUGAGUUGGUUUAACCAGUCAGUGAACCGGCCUUACUGAACCAGAUCAGAGACCCUUAACCUGCGACCUGGAGGUGGGGGGGCGGGGUCAUCUUUUCUGAAUGUUUAUGGAGUAGCCUGAACGCAUCAUACGCCUUUACCGCUCCAUCAUCGCAGACUCACACGGGCCGUCCGAACACGUGUCGGUCCGAAGAAAUUGCGCAAACGUUUUUAAUAAAGUUGGUUUGAAUCACAUUUCUGACACGCCGACCCGAAACCUCCAUUUCCUGAGAACACCUGCGUGAGUGUGAACGAGUGAAAGAGAGAGAGAGAGAGAGCGAGAGAGUGAGGCGUCCGCGCCGCCAACGCUCUGUAAACUCUCUCGAUACAUUACACAUACGUGCAAUUGGAGUCGUGUUGAAAACGGUUAAUUUAUUGUUUCGAAUGUCUUUGCGUCCCGACAAGAGCAAAUAAAACUAAAUGUAGCAGAUCUGCAGCCGAAAACCUGAGAGGAGCGCGAGCUGCAGAUCCUCUGAGUCACAUGACCGACCAGACAAAACCAUAGACUGUAUCUAGAAUGGACGUCGUCUGCCUCCUCGCUCUGAGAACAGCGCCCUCUGGUGACGGGCUGCAGUAUAGGUCAUAAACCCCGCCUCCUUAUGGAGCUGUGGACAAACUUUAUAAAUGAAUGACACAGAAUAUAAAUGUUUCUCCCCCCUGGUUGUGAUGUUGACAUGUAGUUACUGUCAGACUGGUUUGUGCUCAAGUCCUCUUUUUUCUGUACAGCUCCAUUUUUAAAAGUUAUUAGGGGGUUCAUGUUUUCUAUGAUUGACACCUGGUACAGCCUAUUGGAGGACAGAGAAAUGGAGAAAAAACGCAGAAAUACUGAGAAAUUUUUGGCUUCAAAUCCGUAAACUGGCGGGAGGCGGAACCAAGUCGUCCAGAGUAAAUACAGUCUAUGAGAAGAACACGAUAACACCAAACAGAACCCGACUUUCUUUUGUUGUUUUCAAAGUGCCAUAGUCAGAGAGGAGAGGACGGGCAGAGCGGGGCGUAGACGCUUUACUGUGAGUUUACUGUCAGAGAACCAAUCAGAACAGGGAACUCCAAGAAAACUGUGUGUUUGACGAUCACAGCCACAAAAAAACACAUUUACAUUAAUGAUGAUUUUAGUGGGUUAGAGAGGACGCUGCAGGACUCUGAACUCAGACUCCACUAAAACUCCACGAGCUCUGCAGGUUUUCCAUUUUCAUACGUGUGUGUGAGAGUGUGUGUGUGUGUGUGUGCGUCCAUACAUUUGCAUUAACCUGUGAUUGAUCAGAGGGGUCAAAGUUCAGAGGCGUGCAGGGCCCUGACUGAGUCCUCCUUUCAGAUGUACAUACAAUGUGAAGGUCUGAAGUGAUUUUUGUUAAAUUCUAUAUUUUAUCGCUUUUGUAGACAUUUUGUUGUGGGAAGAAGAAAAAAAAUAAAUGAAAUUUUAUGGGUGCA